UUUCUGAUUUGUUGGCGUUCACUCCUUGGAUUUGUCCUUCAUGCGACAUUCAUUAUAAAACCGCUGUGGUUGUGUGAGAAUUGUCCGUCUGAGUUAAAUUAUCCGGAGCCUAAAUAUGUCUAAGAUUGGAAUCAAUGGUUUUGGUCGUAUUGGACGCUUAGUCCUUCGCGCUGCCCUAGAAAAGGGAGCACAAGUUGUGGCUGUAAAUGAUCCUUUCUUAAACGUUGACUACAUGGUCUAUCUUUUUAAAUAUGACUCCACCCACGGUCGUUACAAGGGCGAAGUUAAAGCAGAAAAUGGAAACCUUGUUGUAGAUGGAAAGGUCAUUCAAGUCUUUACAGAGCGUGACCCCAAGGCCAUUCCAUGGGGAAAAGCUGGAGCUGAAUACGUUGUAGAAUCAACUGGUGUAUUUACAACAACCGAAAAGGCAUCUGCUCAUCUUGCUGGAGGGGCUAAAAAGGUCAUAAUUUCUGCCCCAUCUGCUGAUGCACCCAUGUUCGUAUGUGGUGUUAAUUUGGAAGUGUAUAAUCCAAGCAUGCAAGUCAUUUCUAAUGCUUCAUGUACCACUAACUGUUUGGCUCCUCUUGCUAAAGUUAUCCACGAUAAGUUUGGUAUCGUUGAGGGUCUUAUGACCACAGUACAUGCAACCACUGCUACCCAGAAGACUGUUGAUGGUCCUUCUGGUAAAUUAUGGCGUGACGGACGUGGAGCCCAACAAAAUAUCAUUCCAGCAUCCACUGGAGCUGCCAAAGCUGUAGGUAAAGUCAUUCCAGACCUAAACGGCAAAUUGACUGGUAUGGCCUUCCGUGUACCAGUACCAAAUGUUUCAGUGGUUGACUUAACUGUACGUCUUGCAAAACCAGCCAAAUAUGAAGAAAUUAAAGCAGCCGUCAAGGAAGCAGCUAAUGGUCCUCUUAAAGGAAUCUUGGGCUACACCGAAGAGGAAGUUGUAUCAAGCGAUUUUAUCGGUGACACACACUCGUCAAUUUUUGACGCUGCUGCGGGUAUUCCCCUAAGCGAUACUUUUGUCAAGUUGAUUUCAUGGUAUGAUAAUGAGUAUGGAUACUCCAAUAGGGUUGUCGAUCUCAUCAAGUACAUCCAAACCAAGGAUUAAAUAAUAGAACCACCACCAAAAAAUUGCAGCAGCAACAGUGGCAGUGUACAUCAACAACAUGAUAAACAUCAUUUCGAAUAAUGUAAGAGUAAUACAAUUUCUUUCUUUUGCGAUUUGGUACUAUUUAAGUUUAAAGUGAAAGUAUAGAGGGAGUAGAGAGCGCAUUACCUUUUUAGAAUUUGUAUUUGGUACGCUCUACCUGUUUGCUUACUAUCACCAAAAAUUCUAUGUGCUCGUUAACAUUAUUACCUCCAAAUUACUUGUUGUCUCAUCUACUUAUUAUAAUAUGAAUACUAAUAAAUAUGUAAACAUA